AUGCAGGACUGGAGUCCGGUGCUCAUCUCCUUCAUGCUCUUCAUCCUUCUGUCCCCAGGGCUUGUCUUUCAGAUCCCUGGCAAAUCGCGGACGAUCGAGUGCGGCAAAUUCCACACCAGUGUCGUCUCCAUCCUCAUCCACACCAUCAUCUUCUUCGCCCUUGAUGCCUUCUUCCUCGUUGUCGUUGGCGUCCGCAUCGAGUUCGGCUCCUCAUCAUGA